CACCCCGGGCACCACCACCACCAUCACCACCAGCACCCCGGGCACCACCCGCCGCACCACGGCGGCGUCAACAGCCACGACCCGCACUCGGACGAGGACACGCCGACCUCCGACGACCUGGAGCAGUUCGCCAAGCAGUUCAAGCAGCGGCGGAUUAAGCUGGGCUUCCCCCAGGCCGACGUGGGGCUGGCGCUGGGCACCCCCUACGUCGCCGCCCAGGGCAGGAAGAGGAAGAAGCGGACCUCCAUCGAGGUGAGUGUCAAGGGGGCCUUGGAGAGCCACUUUCUGAAAUGCCCCAAGCCCUCCGCCCAGGAGAUUACGAACCUAGCGGACAGCCUGCAGCUGGAGAAGGAGGUGGUCAGGGUUUGGUUUUGCAAUCGGAGGCAGAAAGAGAAACGGAUGACCCCCCCGGGGAUCCAGCAGCAGACCCCCGACGAUGUCUACUCCCAGGUCGGCACCGUCAACUCCGACACGCCGCCCCCUCACCACGGACUGCAGACC